AUGAGAGUGGGUGACCCAACUCACCCUAGAAUUAUAUCAAUCAUGUGGACGGAAAGUUCUUUUUUAAAUUCAAUGAAUUUAUAUUUGGUCGUAGUAGGAAUGACUGGGUUAUUUCUGAACAUUUUCCCGUGGAUUGUUUGCUAUUCCAAGCUUCGUGCUCAGAGCCACCGAAGUAGUAGAGACGCGCUGUUAAUGUCACUUGUUUUGGUUGACUUUUUGACUGUCUGUGUUCCUUUACCAGUUUAUCUAUCAAAACACUACAACUGUCCAAGAAAUCAGAGGACAAGCUUCGUCGGAAGGCCAACGAUUUGCGAGAUUUUUCAUCUGAUGUUCGUCUGGCUCAAACUUGCUGCACUGUUUAUCAUAACAACGUUGAACUACACUUCAUACCUCGCUAUAACCGCGAGCGGAAUUUAUCGCAGCAUCGGAGACAGGAUUUCUUCGUCUUUAGCGUGCUCUAAAUACGAGUUGAGACAUCAAGAAAAGACGCACUCGACAAUGAUCAUAGCCAAUUUAGUGAUUGGAAUAGCUAUCGUAGCCUUUUUGAUCGCUUCUUUACCAUACAUUGGCCUUGGUCCAGAGAGCCUUUCACCACAAUCUACCCUAUUAUAUCAACAAAACUCUACGACAACUUUGUUUCAGUGUUCGUUGGAUCAAAUAAGCUACCCGCAAAAGAACAAAGAAUACACGUUCCUGUUUGCGGUUCUCAUGAGCAGUGCCGCUUGCUUCUUGCUUCAAGUUGUUCACAAUGUCCUGAGCUGCUUUAGUUGUCCGAAAUAUUCACUGGCAAAAACGGGCGCAUCGAGAACUUUUGCCAUUUACAACCGAAGGCUCGGAGCGGAAAGAGACUUUGCCAAACUUAUCUGCGUGUUGGGCCUGACCUUUCAUUUAACGUGGAUUCCGGUUAUGGUAAGUGGAUCAAUCUUGCUUGUGCAUUUGAGGCGUAUUUUGGUCUAA